UUUCCCGAAGUGCACUCACCGCGUGGUGCCGACGUGCAAAUAUGUUGCUCGCUCUCUUGUUAACGCUUAUGGCCGGACCCAUGCUGUGUAAAUGCUCGCCCGAUGACACAGAUUCACAGACAGUGACGACGACAUUCGCAACGACUACUACGGCUUCUGCUGCGGACACAGAAGCCAGCUACGUGAACAAGCUCAAGGAAUGGAUCGGCAAGGCAAUGGAUCAAUCUUCUCCAGAGUUUACUCGCAAGCUUCUUAAAGCCGAGGUGUCGACUGACUGCAGCUUCGGCCUCCUUAAGCUUGUGCGAGCAAUCAGGAACCUCGAUCCUUGGGCGAUCAGGCUGUUCGAUGCAUCAGGCAAGUACCCUACGGGAGCUCUUCAGGCAACGCGGGCGGAUUUCGGAGCGUUCGACGAGUGUCUCGAGACUGUGCUGCUGGAUCGCGACGGGGACGUAGAAGCCCGCGGCCAGUACUGCAGCCUGCUCGUCUACGCUCGGAACAACAGUGACGCGGAGAAUUACAUCCUGCCGGCCAUCGAGCUGGCCCAUCCGAAAGUGAUAAAAUUUAAGAACUACUUCUACGACACCAGAUUCCCCACAUUUCGGUUGGCGGUGUGCACCAUGAACUUCUGCAAUGAACAAGAACUGCAGGAGUUGGCUAAAGCAAUUAUUCCUCCUGUGAUGGAUUUCCAGGUCAAGUACUGCUCGACCAAUGAAUACCACCGUCCAACUUUGACGGAGCAAGUCAUCCUCGCAUUCCUGGCCAUGAUCUUCUUUAUGGUUGCCUUGGGCACUGGAUUAGACAUUUACUCUGAAACUAAAGCACGCAAGUAUCACAAAAAUGCCCUGGUUCGGGUCGCACUUUGCUUCUCUCUGCUAAGCAACACGCGCUCCAUGCUGAACAUCAACAGGAAUAGGAACUCGGACGCCUACAGAUUCCAGUUCCUGCACGGACUCCGCUUCUUCAGCAUUGUAUGGAUCGUCAUUGGACACUGCUACGGAACGCCAUCGGAUGUCUGGUCUCGCCUGGUAAACAACAUAUCCCUCACUGACCGGUGGGACAUCACAAUUAUAUCGGCCGGAUUCAUCAGUGUCGACACAUUCUUCUUCCUCAGUGCUUUUCUGCUUACGUGCGUCGUUUCUAAGCAUGAACAUGUCGGCGUUGUCCUCUUCAUCGUGGCUGUGUUCAGGAGACUUGUCAGGACACUAGUGCCACUCUUCUUCAUGAUAAUGUGUAUGUAUCUGCUGCCACUCAUGGUGUCCGGGCCUGAGGCACCGGAGUUCUUCGAGAAGCUGAAUAAAGAAGUUUACGAGAACUGGUGGACGCUGUUGGCACAGGUCCGAAACUACUUCUACAGGGAUGACGAUGUGCCACUGCUUCCUCACCUGUGGUACUUGUCACUGGAUUUCCAGUUCUUCCUGGUUGCUCUACCCAUCCUCGUAAUCUGCAAAAAGAGGCCACAACUUGCCAUCACGUUGUUUGCGCUGCUGUCGCUGGUGGGCUGUUUGAUUGCCACGUGGCAAGCAGCCAGCAGCAAUAGGACACCUUUCAUGGUGGUGAUUGUCGAGUCCAUUCAGGUGUUCUUGGAAACGACCUACCGAUAUUACUUCUACCCUUUCUACCACGCCAUUUGCUACUUCAUGGGCUGCAUCGCCUUCCUCUCCUUAAGUUGGUUCAAGAGCAAGAAAAUGUCUCAUCUAUUUGCGAUACAGCUUGCCUGUGUUGACAAAUACCUGCAGAACCAGCAUUCACACUCUCGAAAGCAUCCAGGCUAUGGCUCGGCGAGUGUGUCUGGGGCUACCACGAUGUUCAUCAACAGCCGAGACAAUCGCGAUCGCAAGUGA